AUGUGUACCGGUACGUGCUGGGUAUACAAGUGCAGCCGAUGCGGCGGUACCAUCCUCAAAGAUACCAGCGUCUCGGGGCACACGUGCAACGCGGCGCGACAGAACAAGAUCCGCGGAUGCUGCCGUACGGGCAUCGAGUUUACGUUUUACAGCAAAAAUUCCGACGAGAUGUGCGGGCUGUGCGAGAUCAGCGAGGAGUUAAAUAUGAUCAACGCGGAAUCCGACUACGAGUCCUGUGCUAGUAGCAUUUCUGGAGAGUACGAGUCUUGCGUUAGUUACGUUGUUGAUGACGAUGAUGGCAAGGAUGGACAGGAGGAGGGAGAUGGAGAGAAUGAGGAGGAGGAGGAUGAGGGAGGUGCCAAGUUAAGUCCUUAA